GCCCUCAAAACGUCUCAAAACCGUCCAGAAUCAAACCCGGAUAUCUCUGGACGUUAUCCGCGAGGCGCUUACAUUGUACAGGUAUGGUUAUGGGCAAUUUGAUUCCACAGUGAUACCACAUUCUCCUAGAUGGAGGUAAAAUGUGGUUUGGAACCCUUGAGAUUUGCAGUCUAUCAAGGAAUCAUGGAAUUGGCUGUCGAGUUUCUUGCGCUGACAAUUGAACGUUUAUGUUUAAGGCUCGACGAAGUUUCUCUUUCCUACAACGGCGGAAAGGAUUGCCUAGUUCUACUUAUACUCUUUCUUGCCGCGCUUUAUGAGAUACCCUCUUUCCGAUCGUCGCCCUCAUCACAUCUUCAGUCCGUCUACAUAGUAUCUCCCCAUCCAUUCAAGGAAGUCGACGACUUUGUCGAACACAGUAUUAGCACCUACCAUUUAAACCUCGCAAGAUAUGCAAAGCCCAUGAAAGAGGCAUUCGCGGACUACCUCCACGAUCACCCGAGCGUCAAAGCCAUUAUGGUUGGUACGCGGCGUACAGAUCCACACGGAGCGGAAUUGAAACACUUUGAUCCAACAGAUCGAGGAUGGCCGACGUUCAUGCGCGUACAUCCGGUGAUAGACUGGCAUUACGCGGAAAUUUGGGCAUUCAUUCGGCAUCUGGAGAUACCCUACUGCCCGCUGUACGAUCGCGGUUACACAUCACUAGGCGGAACCACGGAUACCCAUCCCAAUCCGUCGUUGCGGCUAAAUUCUGCAACGGAGAAUGAAGUCGAGGCAUCCUCCAAGACACAUUUCCGCCCAGCAUACGAACUUGUGGCGGAUGAUGACGAACGGCUUGGAAGAGAUAAAUAGAAGAUCGAGCAUGGUAGCGAUAGCAGGAGCGGCGUUUAUAGAAUUGCAUUUUUUGGACGUUGAAGAACAAGAAUAGUGGAUACUAUUACGUUGAUUCCAAUGUUUAUAGAUAUUGUAUGUAGUAGAAGAUUUAUCCUGAGCAUUUGGAGGGCCCUUUCUGGAUUGCACAAUGUCCCGUCGGGAUACACUGUGGCGGCCCUCACUCUUGGCGUUUGGCGAACAUUUUGAGCAUUUUGUUAUAUAGAGAAGAGGACCUCGUCAAUUUCAAAGCGGGAUGUAUCGUUAGAAGACUUCCUAACUGUAUCAUGGGGCGGCAAUCUUCUAAUGACUCUUCUAGUCCGUACCAGUGGGCAUGAAUUUUUCUAUUUGGUCAUCGUAUUCCCCAAGUCUGCCGUCCUUAGCUCGCCAUUAUCAUUGAUUGAAGAAACAAAUGGAAAAGGAACACCCGAGAAAUUGGUAUCUCCC